AUGACGCUCAAAGACCUUCUCAAGAAGAAAGACAAAAAAAUAAAAGACGACGACUCCCAACACCCUCAGCAACAGCAGCGCCAGCAACAGCGCUAUUACCAGCAAGAAGCUUUCCCUCCUCCGCCUCUUUCUCCUCCUCCCGAAUUUAAAUUCUUCCGCUCAGACACAUUCACAACCGAACCUAUCCAACCCCCCGGGGCCCAACACCACUCGCACCCCGAGUCCCAGGCUCAAUCGCAAUCGCAAUCGCAAUCCCCUCCACUUUCAAACCCCUCCACAUCGUCGCAAAGUCCUUUCUCCCGCUUGCGCCGCUUCUCCAAUGCCUCUUCCGCCGGGAGCCGCGAGCACUCGCCCGGCCAUGAGUUAUCACCCUCGCGCGGCGAGAAGGGCGAGCGCCGUCUUUCCCAGCGCCUGCACCUGAACCGUUCUUCGCGCUCCACUAGCACCUCCUCUGUCAAUCUUCCAGCGAAUCUCCCACAAAUCGCGCCGGACACGGGCGAUGCGCAGGAGCGUGAGGCUCAGUGGGAGAAGAGAGCGACGAUAAUGGUACAGGGUGGCUUGAAUGCAGCUGCUGGCAUGCCACCUCCUAGCCCGAGAGGGGUUAUUGAGCAGCAGAAAGAGGGUGAUGAGAAUAUCCAAGAAGCGAUUCGACUACAUGAAAAUGGACAGCUCGUGGAAUCAACUCAGAUGUUCGGCAGACUGGCUGAUCCCAAUGGUGCAAAUAAUCCAUUGAGCCAAGUACUCUAUGGCCUCGCUCUCCGACAUGGAUGGGGAUGCACACCCGAUCCUGACAAAGCCAUCACCUACCUAUCCGCUGCGGCAUCCAACUCUGCCUCGAUCGAGGCUGAAGCUCUGCGUGCGGGUAUGAAGAAAGGAGGCGCUGCUAAGGGCGAGUUGGUGCUUGCCAUGUAUGAAUUGGCCAAUUGUUUCCGUAAUGGUUGGGGAGUAGCCAAAGAUCCCGUCGCAGCCAGACAUUAUUACGAGACUGCAGCGAAUCUAGGAGAUACGGAUGCCAUGAAUGAGGCAGCCUGGUGUUUCUUGGAGGGAUUUGGAGGGAAAAAAGAUAGGGUAGGUCAAAAUAACGAAGAGAGAGACGAAUUCCUAUUCGUCGCACGAGCGUUUUCUUUCUCGAAUUUCAUUCCUCUAAAAUUUUCAUUCCGCUGUCGAGAUGGUUGGUUACAAGGGGGAUCUGAAUAUCAUAACCAUUCAACCCCAUUCAAACAGCCCAGACUGAGAAACCUGUUGAGGCUGAAUCCAUCUUGCGUUCACGCUCCACCCACUGGCUCAGUGUGCCUUGCAUAG